AUGGCUGAGGCCUCUGUCUCAAAACUGGGAGAAGAAACAGAAGCCACACCUUGCCCCAGUGUCCUGCAGCUGGAGGAGCUCCUGAGGGCCGGGAGAGCCUCCUGCAGCCGCGUGGACGAAGUCUGGCCCAAUCUUUUCAUAGGAGAUGCGGCCACGGCAAAUAACCGAUUUGAGCUGUGGAAGUUGGGGAUCACCCAUGUGCUGAACGCCGCCCACGGGGGCCUCUACUGUCAGGGGGGCCCUGACUUCUACGGCAGCAGUGUGAGCUACCUGGGAGUGCCAGCCCACGACCUCCCGGAUUUCAAUAUCAACACCUACUUCUCCUCGGCAGCUGACUUCAUCCACCGCGCCCUCAACACACCUGGGGGUAGGAGUUGA